AUGGCGCAGUGUUUGGACAUCGAUGGAAGUAUUUUAGAAGGGGGUGGCCAAAUUCUUCGCAUUUCUAUAUCGCUCAGCGCUAUUUUAGGAAUACCUGUACGUGUUAUGAAUAUUAGAGCAAAGCGCAGCAAGCCAGGAUUAGCAGCUCAACAUUUAAAAGGUAUUCAGUUAGUAGCUGAUAUGUGUCAAGCAAAGCUUAAAGGUGCUAGCAUUGGAUCUACAGAAAUUGAGUUCACUCCUGGAAAGAUCAGGGGAGGACAUUAUGUUGCUGAUACACAAACAGCAGGGUCCAUUAGCUUACUGCUGCAAGUGGCAUUACCUUGUGCUUUGAUGGCCGAUGGUCCAGUCACACUAGAUCUCAAAGGGGGCACCAAUGCGGACAUGGCACCACAAAUCGAUUACAUGGACAAGGUGUUAAGGCCAGUGUUGCAAAAAUUCAAUGCGAACUUCUCAUUAAAAAUACAUAGGAGAGGGUACUUCCCAAGAGGUGGUGGCCAUGUAACAGUCGAUGUUACACCUGUUAGACAAUUGCAGAGCGCCUUAAUAAUGGAACGUGGAGAUUUACUGAGUGUUAAAGGGUUGAGUUUUGUGGCCGGCACAUUACCAAUCAAGCUAGCAUAUCAAAUGGCCGACGGCGCUCGACAAGAACUCGGUCAGUUUCCGAACGUGAACAUCAACUGCUACAAAGAAGACAGACACAUGGCUCCAGACAACUGUAGCGGCAUUGUGCUUUGGUGCGAGACGUCGUCUGGCUGCGUGCUGGGCGGGGACGCGCUCGGGCGGCGCGGAACUGACGCGCAUACGGCGGGCGCGCAGGCGGCCGGCGCGCUGCGAGCCGCGCUGCUCAGCCGCGCCUGUAUCGACGCGCACAUGCAAGAUCAAGUGAUAAUAUACAUGGCGCUGGCUGAAGGCAGGUCAGCGAUAAACACGGGGGAAGUAACCCUACACACCAAGACUGCGAUGCACAUAGCUGAACUAAUUGCAAAGUCAAAAUUCACGAUUCAACCCGAAGGUGACCUGAAUAUAAUCGAGUGCACUGGACUGGGGCUCAUUAACAAGAAUAUCCCAACGGAGUGA